AUGUCCUCUCUGUUUUCUUUGUUCUUCUUCGUGGCCAUCGGUCUUCUCAUCGACGCCUCUUCGACGGUCUCUCCAGCUCCAGAGGUCAACAUGGCGAAUCGGCUCCAUGAGGGGGCGCCAUCCCCGGACUGUCCGUCCUGCGCUCUGCCUCAGAUGAGGAGAAACUCGUCUUCGUUGGGAGGACAGAGCGACAUGGUGGAGGCGGUGAAACUUCACAUUCUCAAUAUGCUGCACCUGAGCACUCGGCCCAACUUGACUCAGCCUGUCCCUCGCGCCGCAUUGCUCAACGCCAUCAAGAAGCUCCACGUCGGCCGCGUGGCUGGAGACGGCAGUGUGGACAUCCUAGAGGAGGGCCGGGGCUUUGGGGCCCCAUCACUAAUUGAACCACCAUCUGAAAUCAUUACUUUUGCAGAGCCAGGAGCCUCUCUGAACACGGUGACCUUUGACAUCUCAAAGGAGGGCGGCGGAUCGUUGGUGGUGGAACAGGCGAAUGUCUGGAUCUUCCUGAAGAUGUCAAAGGGAAUCCGAGUGAAAGGCAAAGUGGCGCUGCGGCUUCAUCACGCGGAUGAUGAGAAAGAGGACUGUGUUUCAGAGAAAAUGGUGGACACUCGUCGCAGCGGCUGGCACACCCUCGCCGUCUCCCGCAGUGUACAGACUCUGCUGGAUGGCGGCAGCAGCUUACUCGGGCUGCGGGUUUCCUGCCCGCUGUGCACCGAGGCUGGAGCCUCGCCCAUUCUGAUGCCUGCGGUCGGCGAGCAAGCGGGCGGGCGAGAUCAGUCUCACCGACCAUUCCUCAUGGUGGUGUUGCGAGCUGGAGAAGAGGCAACUCAGCGACGAGUCAAACGAGGUCUGGAAUGCGACGGGAAAAUACGCGUCUGCUGCAAACGACAGUUUUACGUGAACUUCAAAGAUAUCGGUUGGAACGACUGGAUUAUCGCUCCAUCCGGUUACCAUGCCAACUACUGCCAGGGCGACUGUCCAAACCACAUGGCGAGCUUUAGCGGCUCGUCCCUGUCCUUCCACUCUACCGUUAUCAAUCAUUAUCGUAUGAGGGGCUAUAGCCCGUUUCAAAACAUCAAGUCGUGCUGUGUUCCCACGAGGCUGCGCGCUAUGUCCAUGCUGUACUACAAUGAAGAGCAGAAGAUCAUCAAGAAAGACAUCCAGAACAUGAUCGUGGAGGAGUGCGGCUGCUCAUAAACUGAUGGAAAUACUGCAACAAAUAUCAGUAUUUGUGUUUAGUGACGAAGCAUCAUAUUUCUUAUUGGGAAAGACUCUUUUCCACAUUGGAACGACCUGAAAAUACUAUGCAACAGCUCCUGCAAAGUUUAUCUGUCUACAUUUAUAUGUGUGGUUUAUUGUUUGUCUAUUGUUUUCUAUUGUCAAAGUUCAAACUGUUUAAAAAUGUUUUUGACAUACUUGAAAGAAUAAUGUUCAACCGGCUGCUGGAGCCAAACAAUAUUAUUAUUAUUAUUAAUAUAAUAAUAAUUAUUAUUAUUAUUAUAAAAAAAAAAUGUUUUAUAUUCCAUGCUAACUGUUCUCCUUUAGAUUGGGAAGAAAGCCAAAGACAGUCGACACAGAAGAUGAAAGUUUGGUUCAAAGUACAAACAAGCAAUUAAUGAAUUGAUUAGUUAAUUAACUAAACGAUGUGUCAGUUGACGAGCUGUUAAUAAAUUAACUAGAUGAUGUGUCAGUUAAUAAGCUGUCAAUAAAUGAAUGAGACAAUGUGUCAGUUAACAAGCUGUGAGUUAAUUAACGAGACUAACAAGCUGUCAAUAAAUUAACAAGACGAUUUGUCAGUUAACGAGCUGUGAAUAUUUUUUGUAUAAAUUAUUUAACUGGUGAAACAAAAACACAAAACAUUUUCAUUGCUUUAUUGUGUAAAGAAGAAAUGUUGUUG